CCGGUAGCGCCUCCUCUCCGCCAGCUGAUCUUUCUUCUCAGCUGGCUUCUCGCUGUGUGCUUUGUGUGGCUCCGGAUUCUUCUAGCUGGUUGCAGAAAGCCGGAAAGGCCAUCAUGGCAGAGAAGCCCAAGCUCCACUAUCCAAAUGGAAGAGGUCGGAUGGAAACCGUAAGAUGGGUUUUAGCUGCCGCUGGAGUGGAGUUUGAUGAAGAAUUUUUAGAAACAAAAGAACAGUUGCAGAAGUUGCAGGAUGGUAACCACCUGCUGUUCCAACAAGUGCCAAUGGUUGAAAUUGACGGGAUGAAGUUGGUGCAGACCCGAAGCAUUCUCCACUACAUAGCGGACAGGCACCAUCUCUUUGGCAAGGACCUCAAGGAGAGAACCCUGAUUGACAUGUAUGUGGAGGGGACGCUGGAUCUGCUGGAACUGAUUAUCAUGCAUCCUUUCCUAAAACCAGACGAUCAACAGAAGGAAGUGGUUAACAUGGCUCAGAAGGCUAUAAUUAGAUACUUUCCUGUGUUUGAAAAGGUUCUAAGGGAACAUGGACAAAGGUUUCUUGUUGGUAAUCAGCUGAGCCUUGCAGAUAUAAUUCUACUCCAAACCAUUUUGGCUCUAGAGGAGAAAAUUCCUAAUAUCCUGUCAUCAUUUCCUCACCUCCAGGAGUACACAGUGAAAAUGAGUAAUAUUCCCACAAUUAAGAAAUUCCUUGAACCUGGCAGCAAGAAGAAGCCUCCUCCAGAUGAAAUCUAUGUGAGAACCGUUUACAAC